AUGUCGUUCCCUCUGCUAUUGAGGCCCCAAUUGCCGUCGUAUACCUGUAGAUCAUGUUUGGCUCGUCUUUCCCGACCUUCAACGCGAGCAAAGUCCACCACAGCCGGCGUGACUGCUAAGCCGUUCGCGCUUCCCUCGUCACCGACGCGGACGCGAUUCGCUCCUUCUCCGACUGGCUACCUCCACUUAGGCUCUCUCCGAACAGCACUCUUCAACUAUCUCCUAGCAAAGGCAACAGGCGGUCAAUUCCUGCUUCGCAUAGAAGAUACGGAUCAAAAGCGCACAGUAGCAGACGCCGAAUCGCGCCUCUACCGGGACCUAAGAUGGGCAGGCUUGCAGUGGGAUGAAGGGCCAGAAGUUGGCGGACCGUACGGGCCAUACAGACAAUCAGAGCGAAGCAAAUUGUAUCAAAAGCAUGCGCACGAGCUGCUAGAGAGCGGGCAUGCAUACCGCUGCUUCUGCUCGGCGGAGCGACUGAACGCUCUCGCGGAACAGCGGCACAAGAUGGGCAUGGCGACAGACUACGACCGCACAUGCGCCGAUAUACCAAAGGAAGAGUCAGAGGACCGCGCAGCCAAGGGCGAAUCGCACGUCAUAAGACUUCGGAUCCCGGAUCAAUACCCCACUUACAACGACCUCGUAUACGGUAAAUUCAAGCCGCUCAAGCGCCGCGGCCAUGUCGUCGAGGCCGCAUACGAAGACCCGAUUCUACUGAAGUCGGACGGGCUUCCAACGUACCAUCUGGCCAACGUCGUAGACGAUCACCACAUGAAGAUCACGCACGUAAUUCGAGGGGCCGAAUGGAUGCCAUCGACACCCAAGCACGUCGCCAUGUACAACGCAUUCGGCUGGACACCCCCAGAAUUUGCACAUGUUGGCCUGCUUGCUGAUGAGCAUGGAGAUGGAAAUCUUCCCGGAAACGCUGUCGAAUUUCGCUGCGUUGCUCGGCUGGUCGCGCAUCAAGAGAGAUCCGAUGUGAUGGAUCUGAAGGAUCUCGUCAAGAACUUCUCACUUAAGUUCACAAAGGGCAAUACCACGGUUACGAUGGGUAAGCUGCAUUUCUUGCAGCGCAAACACGCUGCUUUGCGGGCCAAGUCAGGUGGCGAAGGCCUUGACGAGAUGGUCCAGACUGUGGUCGGACUCCUCAGCAUGCCCGACUCGUUAUACAAGCACGAAGAUCUGGAAAAACUCAAGGGCAAGUCUUUCCUACCAGAUGACUAUGUUAAGCGUGUGAUCCAAGCCGACUCGGAGAAUUACACCAACGCAAACGAAUUCGUGUACCGAAACUCGUUCAUGUUCCAGCUUUUGCGACAUCCCACAUCCGUCACUUCUGCAGAAGGCAUCCCGCAGGAUGUUAAGGCAUUAAAGGACGUCGAAGUCUGGGAUAGGGAUCACCUAAAUGCUAAGGUCAAGAAGAUCAUUGAUGCCCGACCUGAGGGCAGGGCUGGCUCGAAGUGUACCACUAUCUGA